AGAGAGAGAGAGAGAGAGAGAGAGGGAGGGAGAGAGAGCUUAAGAAACGAAUCGUAGCCAUGAGGAUGAUGUUAGUCGGCAACCCCUACGUGCGUCGUUGAAAUGGAUGGAGUAAGAAUCUGUUUGACGCUACGAGGGGGGUGUGCGUCGAGUGGGUGCUUUCGCUUGGGAUCGACGUCGAGAUCUCCUUUUGCUGCUUUGCUUUUAUCGACUCCUUCACUGCGACCGAUACGAUGAAACCAUGUCUUAAACCCUUCUCGGAUCUCAGUCGCAGAUCCACUUCUCCCACUUUCCGCUCUAAUGGACGCCGCCGCCGCUUCUCGUCCCGCUGUUGUCAUAGAUAACGGCACUGGUUAUACAAAGAUGGGAUUUGCCGGUAAUGUUGAACCGUGUUUCAUCAUCCCCACCGUGGUUGCUGUUAACGAGUCAUUUACGAACCAAUCCAGGAGUUCUAUGAAGGGUAGUAAUUGGCUUGCCCAACACAGCGCGGGCGUAAUGGCCGAUCUUGACUUCUUCAUUGGAGACGAGGCUACUGCUCGAUCUCGAUCUAGUAAUACUUACAAUCUUAGUUACCCGAUUCGUCAUGGUCAGGUGGAGAAUUGGGAUGCCAUGGAGCGAUUCUGGCAACAGUGUAUCUUCAAUUACUUGCGUUGUGACCCGGAGGAUCAUUAUUUCCUUCUCACUGAGUCUCCCCUCACUCCUCCCGAGAGUCGAGAGUACACUGGCGAGAUUAUGUUUGAGACCUUUAAUGUCCCGGGCCUUUAUAUUGCGGUGCAGCCAGUGCUUGCUCUUGCCGCUGGGUACACAACUUCGAAGUGUGAAAUGACAGGUGUUGUUGUGGAUGUUGGAGAUGGGGCUACUCACGUUGUACCUGUUGCAGAUGGUUAUGUUAUUGGUAGCAGUAUUAAAUCUAUUCCGAUUUCUGGGAAGGAUGUCACUCUCUUUAUUCAGCAGCUCAUGCGGGAAAGAGGAGAGCAUGUGCCACCGGAGGACUCAUUUGAUGUAGCUCGAAAGGUGAAAGAAAUGUACUGCUAUACUUCUUCAGAUAUUGUCAAGGAGUACAAUAAGCAUGACCGGGAACCAUCCAAGUACAUCAAGCAAUGGAGAGGUAUUAAACCUAAAACAGGAGCCCCAUACUCUUGUGACAUUGGCUACGAACGCUUCCUUGGCCCUGAGAUUUUCUUUAAUCCUGAGAUUUACAGCAGUGAUUUUUCAACUCCUUUACCUGCUAUAAUAGACAAGUGCAUUCAAUCAUCGCCAAUUGACACAAGGAGAGCCCUUUAUAAGAAUAUAGUGUUAUCUGGGGCAUCAACUAUGUUCAAGGACUUCCAUAGAAGAUUGCAGCGGGAUCUGAAGAAGAUUGUGGAUGCUCGGGUUCUUGCAUCUGAUACCCGGCUUGGUGGAGAAUUGAAAUCACAACCAGUGGAAGUCAAUGUAGUCAGCCAUCCCAUCCAGCGGUUCGCAGUUUGGUUUGGAGGCUCUGUACUUGCAUCAACACCUGAAUUCUAUGCGGCUUGCCAUACUAAAGCAGAAUAUGAGGAGUAUGGAGCUAGCAUUUGUCGUACGAAUCCUGUCUUCAAGGGGAUGUAUUAAUAUCAGGACCUAUUUUCUCUUCUUCACCGCUGUUUGAGGGAUGCCUGGCUGACAUGCUUAACAAACUUACCCACUGAUUCUUGUCACCAUCAUGUGAGGCCCAAUUCGUUUAUUGGGUUCGACUUGCUCUCUCGCUCAUGUCCAUCAAGAAAAGUUACCCUAUGAGAGCAGCUGUAUGAUAAUAGGUAGUGUCUUCUGUAACUGAUUGGGAUUGGUGGUCAAUAGCAGUUGAAUUCUUCUAGAAGGAAAUAGGGUCGUGCCUUCGCAGCUAAAGGGAAGCUGUCAACAGUAUUCCAAGCUUUCAAUUCAUCGUAGGAUAGCAUUCCAAUUUUAUCGGAUUCUCUGAAGAGAGCACUUCCUUAAAAAGACAAGAGCCAUUGGAUUAGUGAGCCAUGAACUAAGCUGAAUGGUCUUUUUCAGUAUUCAGCUUGGUAGAGUCCAUAAACUUUUUGUUUUUCCUUCUUGUAUUCCCCCCCCCCCCCCUUCCCUUUUCCCUUUUUGGGUUUUUGUUCUUAGUGAUUAUUCUUGUAAUAUUGGUGUAGUGAUUAUUCAUUUUAUCCUUCCAUGGAUAAUAUUAUUCUUUU